UCAAUUUCAACAAUAGUGGAUGUUUCAAUUUCACAAUCUCAAGUGAUUUAAUGUUCUACCAAUCAUUAUUGUUCCGCUAAUGGAGAACCAGUUAAAAAUAACGACACCGAAAGCCGCACAUCGAGAGUCGGCAAUGAUAAUAGUAGUGUUAUUAUGCACGUUGUAUCAUAAAACAGCGCUGGCGCAUGACUUGCAAUGUCCAAACGGAAGUGCAUGUGUACAUCCGCAGAGAUGUAUAUUGUUGAUGGAGCAGGCUGCUUUGAAGUCGAUCUUCCCGGAAAAGCACAUCCAUCAAGCUAAACCCUGCACGGUGAGUGUAACGCUCGAAGAUGGUAUUUGCUGCCAGACAGGCGGCGACAUUGAGAGCAGCAACGAUGUCGUAUUUGAUGAAACAUCGCCAUCUGGCUUACCACCCCGACGGCGAGUGACGGCUGACGAUAGUACGGACAAGGAUUCCUUGCCUUUUUCUUUCAGCGCCAACUACGAUGCCAUCAAUCACAGCCCCAGAAUACACAAGAGAGCAAUGUCGGAUUACGAGCAGUUAUUGAGGAUAAACGGAACCAAUCAUGAAAUAUACACACAUUUUGAUGUACGUAACAAACGUUGUAUUGUUGGCCCAAGGUGUAGAGAUGAGCCCCCUCGUUAUCGUCGAUUUGACGGGCGCUGUAAUAACAUUGGUCCAGGUCGGAGUCUCUGGGGCUCAGCAGGAUAUCCUAUGGAAAGAGUACUGCCACCUGCUUACGGUGAUCGAGUGGCGUCACCACGCACUUUGAGUCGUUCCGGCAUGUUACUGCCAAGUGCCCGGAAAAUUUCAGCUCAUCUUUUUGAUGACGUGCAUGUUCCAGACAUGCAACUCAAUGUACUCAUGAUGCAAUUUGGACUGUUUAUUGUGCACGAUAUCACCAAAAAUAAGCCAGCAGCUGAAAAAGUAGAUUGCUGUAUCCAUGGUGGACAACACACGUCAUUCCAAUCGCAUCCAGCUUGUUUUCCUAUUAAUGUCUCUAUAAAUGAUCCUUUCUAUUCUCGCUUCGGUGUAAGAUGCAUGGAAUUUUUAAGAACAGCAACUGUACCAAAAAGUCAUUGUCAAGCUGGACACGCUAGACAAAUUUCAGCAGUAACACAUUUCAUUGACGGAUCCGGAAUCUAUGGCAGUUCUGAGGCUGAAUCACAUAGCUUAAGAUCACAUGUGGGGGGUCGGCUGAAGUCAUUGGUACAUCAUCAAUUCAAAAAUGAGUUACCACCUUUAGAACCAGCCACAAGUGCCUGUAGAACUAGUGCAGAUAUGGGCUCGGAGAUGACAGGGUUAAACCCUCACUGGAAUGAUGAGACACUUUUCCAAGAAACACGGCGCAUCAUUGGAGCUGAACUGCAACAUAUUGUAUUCAACGAAUAUCUUCCCAAGGUGAUAGGCCCACAUUUUAUAAAGAAAUAUAAGCUAAAUGUAUCGAAAGGACAUAGCAGUGUAUAUAAUUCAGAGAUCAAUCCUUCAAUAACCAGCGAGUUUUCAUCGGCUGCCUUCCGAUUUGGCCACUCCACAGUUCCUAGUCGGCUCGAGCUUCCAAGGAGUGUGGUGGAUACACAUAAGACUUUCUUUGAUCCAUCACCUAUGAGAAAUCCUGAGUUCCUCGAUCAUUUGUUCCAGGGAAUCCUCUCACAACCGAUGCAGAAAGUAGAUGGCAAAUUUUCACACAGCAUAACAUGGUUUCUAAACUCAAGAGAAGGACAUCGCUUUGGAAAAGAUCUUGUAUCUAUCAACAUACAGCGCGGAAGGGAUCAUGCUGUCCAACCGUACAACCAGUAUUUGCGUUUGAGUGGUAAACCGAUGAAAAGAAACUUUAAGGAGUUUGAUUCCAACAGUGGAUCAAAGCUGCAUCACUUAUAUGACUCACCUGAUGACGUAGACCUGUACGUUGGCGGAAUUUUGGAGCAUCCCAUUUAAGGAGGAAUUGUUGGUGAAACAUUUGCUGAAAUUAUCAGCAAUCAGUUUUCACGACUCAAACGAGGAGACCGCUACUUUUACAAUAACGGAAAACAGACAAAUCCGGGACAUUUUACAAAGUUGCAGUUAGAUGAGCUUCAAAAAGUUACGCUGGCUGUAUGCCAGCGCAAAUAUGAACGACCAAAACAACUUCGGCGUUCCAAUCGAUGCCUUCACUUUACCCAAUCCCAAUAACCCGCUUCUACCUUGCAAAGACGAUAAAAUUCAUAAGAUUGAUCUCAAGUGGUGGAAAGAUUAGGAUUUGAUAUAAAAUGUUUGGUGAUAGAUGUGUGUUGUUACAAAGCAGAACCCAGAAGCAGAGCCGGAUUUAUGGGGGGGCCCUGGGGGCCCGGGCCCCGGGCCCCCACAUUUUUAGGGCCCCCACAAAUCGACAAAAAGAUUUUUUCUCUUUAAAAAAGAGAUUUAAUCAAAAGUUCGAUUUACAGUAAGAAAAUUCGAACAGACCAUUACAAUCUGACACUUUCCUUAAGUGUUAUUUUUU